UUCUACCACAACUCUGCCGCCAACCUUGAGGUCAAGUCCAAGGCCCCCAAUGGCGUCACCUUCAACGUGAAGGGCAAGUCCGCCCACGAGGGUCCCAUUGCUGGCUCUCUCGAGGCCAAGUACGUCGACCAGCCCACUGGUAAAGGCCCCCGAAAGCGCAAAAAACCAUGCGAACAUCCCUUGCGCACUCCUCCCGCCCUUCAGCCCCCCAAAGUGCUUGAGAACAGGCUCACGUCUAUGUUUGCGUGUAGCCAUGUCUUGUCCCCGCACGUCCACUUUCAGGUCAUAUCUAGGAUUGUCCAACAUGCAGUGAUGCUAAUAAUUCGUCCCCGCCCAGGCCUUACCCUUACCCAGGCUUGGACCACUGCCAACGCCCUCGACACCAAGCUCGAGCUCGACAACAACAUCGCCAAGGGUCUCAAGGCUGAGAUCCUAACUCAGUACCUCCCUUCCAAGCAGUCCAAGGGUGCUAAGCUCAACCUCUACUUCAAGCAGCCCAACCUGCACGCCCGUGCCUUCUUCGACCUCCUGAACGGCCCCUCCGCCAACUUCGACGCUGUUCUCGGCCACGAGGGCUUCCUCGUCGGUGCUGAGGGUGGCUACGACGUCCAGAAGGCCGCCAUCACCAAGUACUCCGCUGCCGUCGGCUACAGCGUUCCCCAGUACUCCGCCGCCAUCACCGCCGGCAACAACCUGUCCGUCUUCUCUGCCAGCUACUACCACCGCGUCAACGCUCAGGUUGAGGCCGGUGCCAAGGCUACCUGGGACUCCAAGGCCGGUAACUCCGUCGGCCUCGAGGUUGCCAGCAAGUACAGACUCGACCCCUCUUCCUUCGCCAAGGCCAAGAUCAACGACCGUGGUAUUGCCGCUCUGGCUUACAACGUUCUCCUCCGCCCUGGUGUUACCCUCGGCCUCGGUGCUUCCUUCGAUACCCAGAACCUGAACCAGGCUGCCCACAAGGUUGGCGCCAGCUUCACCUUCGAGGCUUAGAUGAGUUUUGUUUCUCAGCACCCGCCCAUGUCUAGUCCCUGUGUUCCAUGUGACCGAGUAGAGUGAUUUUGGACGCCAAUACCGUUUACCCGGAUUGGUUCCAUCUCUGAGCGACCUGCUGGCAUAUACGGGAUGGGAGUUGGGAGUGGGCGCGGGGUUGUUAUAUGGAUGUCUAGUUAAUAAUCAUGUAUCACACCCACCAACGAUAGUGUAUAUCAAUCAAGCCUACAUUUCCCUGUUAGAUCAAGCCAGUCUAUUGUAUGUACUGUGGACUCCAAGCAGAAUCGCGGGUAUAGAGGCAUUGCCGGAUGCACGCUGAACCCACCCUUCGAAACCAUGCGAAACG